GAGUCCACUGGUGUACUGAAGUCCGUCGUCUGACAACAAGACAAUCACCGCCGUCGUGCAAUUCUGUGAGCGUCCUCUCGAACAUCUAGAGCGGCGAAUCGGUAGCUGGACGGCCCCCACCGACGAUGAAGGUGUUUCUGGCCCUGGUGCUCGUAAUCGGUGCUUGUCACGCCCGAUCCAAUGACGGUUUCUCAAGCAUCAAUCGUCAGGAAGACGGCCAUGGUAAUUACCACUACAACUACGAUAUAAUCGAUUGGGAUACAAACCACAAACGCUGGGAAACCGUCGACGCGGACAACAACCGACGCGGAGGAUACACGAUCACUGACGUCGAUGGCAAAGUCCGACAAGUCGAAUACACAGCUGACAAGAAUGGAUUCCGUGCCGUCGUCCGAACGAACGAACACGGAACGAAAUCUCACGUUGCCGGAGACCAUGACGCUGUGUACCUUCGAGACGGGGUGAAUACCAUCCUGACGGAAGCUCAGCCGGCCCUCCAGCAAACGGGGCACGUCAUCAAGCAAAAGCAUGGCCACGGUCAUCACGAUCAUCAUCAUCACCAUCACCAACAACAACAACAACAUGUUCCGGUGGCGCCCAUUGUUAGUCAUCAAGUCCGGCCAGCGAUCGUCAAAGUUCAUCAACCGAUCGUCCAGCCCGCCCCCGUCAUCGUACAUCGUCCCUUGAUCCACGAGACCCUCAUUCAGAGAGCUGAGCCGCUUGUGCACCAUCACCACCACCACCAACCGAUCGUUCCCAUUGUUCCUAAACGCACGGUCGCCUACGCUCCGGUCGUGAACAGGCCUCAAGCGGUCUUCGAACAUGUGCACCGCGUCGUGCACCAACCGGCCAUUCGAGUGCACCAGCCGAUCAUCGCUCACAAACCCCCAAUCGCGGUCGAUAUCCCGGCCUACAGUGGGCCACGCAGAAGACCACAACGACCUGUUGAAGAUCCCGCUCAGGCUUUCGAAACUCCCGAAGAGAAAGUGAUUCUCACUCCCAAGCGAGUUCCCGCUUAUUCUCCCGAUCAGGAUCUUCCCGACGAGUUCGUGCCCACGGUUCCUCCUCCAUCGUCACGUCUCCGUGUCGCCUACGCUCCCGAGAAGCUUAUAGCUCCUCGACCUGUUAUCGUUAAAUCGGCUCCUGUCACGCGCUUCGCUCCCAUCGCUCUGCGACCGGUGGCUCAGCCAAUUUAUUCCUAUGGACCCGCAUACCACACAAGUUCUUAUCAGACUGCCGCUCAUCCGGCUCCCUACAGGAGUUCGUGCAAUCGCUGCGGAGGUUACAGGAAAGCCAAAUCCAGUUAAUCUCCCUAAUAGGGCCCAAUUUAUCCUUACACCUCAAAGGGUCUGGAACCCGAAACACGAUCGAACGGUGACGACACAGAGACUCGCGAGAAGUUUUCAUAUCGGUUCCGCGGAUAGCGCUCAGGAGGAAGUUCUGCCCCCUCCUCGGUGAAACCGGUCCCAGUAUGAUUGACGGAACGGAAAGGAGGAGAAACUCUAGAACAGGCUGCCGAAAGUGACUGAUGAUUUCGCUCCCGACCGAAUUCCGCUUCUGAUGGGUCUCGUCACCUUCAGCUUGACUCUUGCUCAGAUACGUCCACUCUCUAUAUAUAUUUAAGGAUUGCUCGAGCAUCAUCCGCUUGGAGCCUAGACGCUUUCUUCUGUGGGUGUGGCAGGUCGCGUCUCGGAACGGUGCCAAUCUAAAGAAUAGCGAACGGCGCAUUAACAUAACUUUCCUUCUUCCGCAACUCGAGAAAAUGCUCUAUGUACAUUGCGCUCGGCUGGUGUGAACGGAUCCGAUCCCUAGAUAUCUAUUUCUCUACUGGUGUAUAUUUCAAUAAACUCGAGGGAAGAAUCGUA